AUGGAACGAAUUCCAUCAUCCUGUGUUGAAACUACGUUGAAUUUGUCCGCGAAUGGCAGUGUUUCUGAUAGUUGCUUUACCUUUGAUUGGAGUCAGAUCACAGCUUUAACUACAAAUUAUACUACCUAUAUGGAUACUGAUACUAAUGAAACAUACUAUGCUCAAAUUGGUGCAUUGACUGUUUUGGGCAAGAUGGGCGAUUAUGAUUUGGAUUACCAAUGUCCACCAUCUGGAUAUAAUGGUGUAGCUCCUGGUUGCAACGUUCAACCAGAUACGCAACUGGUAGUGUUGCAUGUCAAUGUUUUGGAUGGUAAAUUGUAUGCAAUAGAUAUUAUUCUCUCUGGUGCUCCUUUUCCUUCCCCACAAGAUCUGAAGGAGAACCAACCACCAUUUGGUAAAGCUCAUCACACAUUUAAUUCGGGAAUUACAAUCCAGUCCACUGGCUAUUUUAAAAUCUGUGAAAGUAAUAACAGCGAUCAAUGUCCAAAUAAGAAUCUUGAUGCUCACAAACUACCUCAUCCAUUACCAAGUAAUUAUGGAAACGGUAUCUUUGGUAUCCAGGCAGCCAACUUGAUCACAGAUUCGGCAUGGAUCAUGGAUGAUCCCAAUCAAUUACUCAUUGUUACUGCUGGCACCAAUUACUAUUAUUUCAAUGGUACUGGAUUCUUUAUGUAUGACUCGGAUUCAAAAACAUGUACAUGGUUAGCAAGUUGUAAUUAUCGAUGUGAAGUUUAUAAUUACGACUCUCGAUUCUUGGACUAUGCUGGUGAAUGGGUGGUCACAAAGAAAUGGGGCAUUACCGAAAUGGAACCAAUAGCUGUAGAAGCUUGGAUUGGUAAUGCAAUUGAUGCUGCUGGCAUCUUCCCCAUUAUCAUGUAUACCGAUAAGAAAACUGGCGAUUACUUGGGUUUAGACAAACUUGAUCCGAUUCCAAGUCCUAAGAUGGGCGCCACAUAUUGGUACACUCAGCAUGGCAACACAACGCCGAGAGCUAGCAUUGAGGCCUAUCACCCCAAUGUUGUAGAAGCUGGCUGCGUUGUCAAUAUAAGCGACUGGAUUAAUGUUAUAUUCUGA